AUGAAUAUUCCAGAACUCUCCAUCAAUCCGCUUUGCCAGAGAAUCAUCCGCUUCUAUGAGGGUGUCAACUUCAUGGAGUUCUGUCGGAUGUUGGCCCCCUUCAGUGAACGUGCCACACACGAAAUGAAAGUGGCGGCAAUCCUGGAGGUGUUCGAUGUUGAUGGCGACGGGUUAGUGUCCCGGGAGGACCUGGACCUCGUUCUUCGCCAGCUUGCUGGCACAUGCCUCAGUGAAAAAGAGGUUGGAGAACUUGUCCAGCUUGCCUUUGAAGAGGCCGGUGCCAAAGACCAGCUGAGCCUCGAGGACUUUUCGAAGGCGUUGAAAGGCAGAGAACUAAACAUGGUGGUUGAAAUUCCUGUCCAAAUGUAG